CAAUCCCAGUCUGCUCUCUUUUCGAUCCUGCCUGGCGAGAUUCGAAACCACAUCUGGAAUUACGCUCUUGCCGAGUACCAAGACGAGACUCAGUUGUACGACGACGCCACAUGUUACAAGCGACCAGAGUACUUCGCACCCAGUAAGAUCGAAACAGUGUUGCUGCAAACAUGUAAGCGCAUCUAUCAGGAAGCAUGGUUUCUACCAUGGACCAAUGCUGAGCAAGUCUUCUACCUUACCUCCUCGGACCGAAGACCCGCACGCACGACCACUCCGGCUGCUAUGCAGAAGACUCUACUCGCCAUCUCGAAAACGCAGACCAUGCCAAUCAUACAGCAUGUGCGUGUCUUUCCUCAGCUGUACAUGUUGGAGAAUGGACGUAGACUUCAGGAAAUCCUCGACCUGAAGUUCUUCUACCCAAAAGUCAUCACGAUUACCAUCAGACAUACCGACUGGUGGUUUUGGGAGCGCGAUAAUAAUCUCCACCUCGAUGCUAGAUGGGUCGACUUUUGCAGAUUUCCAAAUAGUCUGACAGAGCUGCGCAUGGCCUUUGAGAGUCUCGAGCGGAAGAAAGACCAGAUUGAUGAUGUAGUCAAGCAAGCCAUGGAGGGCUGGGUCUUCCGCCGUAAAGACGAUACUGAACUGUCGGCCAAGAAUUGCAAGCCUGAGAUCAUGAGAUGGAGCGGAAGUGCAACAUGGGGACACCAACGUUGGCUCCGUGAUGAGACUGGCCCAAACAAACUCGAUUACUACGUCUCUACUGUUACAUGGAGA